CACCGUCAGCAAACCGGAAGUCGGCUUUCGUGUUUCGCCUCCGUCCAACAUGGCGGAGGUCAGACUACGUUACGGCCGAGAAGCGUACAACUUCGCGCAAAAAUCCUGUAGUCGAUACCUCGUUGGAAGUCGGACGUGGCAAGGUAUGAGCGCGACACAGGCGUCGCCUCCGUCGGUGGAGUUUGUUUGCGGUGACAUCGGAGGCGUAGAGCGGCGGGGAGCCGGCGACUCGGCGGCCGCAGGGACCGUUGGAGCCUCACGGGACGGUUACAUAAGGAGUGUUAAUUACGUCUGGGAAAUCGUCGCGGAAGAUUACCGUGACCUCGGACUCGACAAAAACCCGUGUGCUUUUAAAAAGCCCGACGCUCAACGCACAGAGGAAGCCCUUCCUCGGUACCGGGCUAAAGCAAAGUUCGCUCGGCGACUGCAGAGCUUCGGUUCGUGUCGGGGACAGCGCCCCCUCGUGCCCGCCCGAGCCUACAGCACCGCCCGAUCCGAGCCCCUCUACAAAACCAAAACGGGCUACUACGAAAUCCUCGAGGUGCCGCCUGCCGCCACCCAGACCCAAAUAAAAACCGCCUACUACAAACAGUCCUUCGUCUACCACCCGGACCGGAACGCCGCCAGCGAGGACGCCACGGUCCGCUUCUCUGAGAUCAGCGAGGCCUACGCCGUGCUGGGCAACAAGGCGCUGAGGAGGAAGUACGACCUCGGUCUGCUGAGUCCGUCGGACCUCGUCGCCACGGCGAGACCCGCCGCCGCCGCGGGGUCGGGCGGCUCCGCGAGGGACCCGGCGGCGGGCCGGCGGUCGGUGGCGGGCGCGGACGUCCACGGAGGAGGAGGAGGCGUCUUCGACUUCGACAAGUUCUUCAAGUCGCACUACAGCGAGCAGCUUCAGAAGCAACAGGAGAUCCGUGUCCGCAAGGAGGAGAUGCAGAAGAAGGAGCGGGAGACGAUGGGCGACGAGUCGACGGGCAGGAUGAUGGAGAUGGGCAUCGUGGUGCUGAUGGCCAUGGCCUUCGGUUUAGUCAGCAGUCUAAAGCGAGGAUGAGGCUCAUUCAGGUGGAGGACGGUGUCCUUGUUAGUAAUUCUGGACUCACCGGAGUCAUCAUUAAGACUACACACACACACACACACACACCACUGUUCACAUCAUUACUGUAAAACACCAUGCUUUUACCCCCGUCUGUAAGCCUCAAUUACAAUAAUGAACUAUUGUGCAGAGUGCAUGACUUGAGACCAUCCUUUGGGCCAAGGAGACGUAGUGCAGUUAGAGUUGCACAAAAAAAGCCAGAAAUCAACGACUAGCCGCUGAGUACAUGUUGUACUAGGUUUCAGUUUCUCAGUCUAUGGCUGUAUCACAGUACUGUAUACGUUCAGACAGUAUCGUGUUUUGUUACACGCUGUCAAGUAGGAUUAACGAAUCCUGGCGUAGUUCACAGCCAUACACGUUGGAAUGAAAUGCUCAAGAAUAUUAGUUAAAUCAGUAAAUAUCUGAUUUAAUAGGAUUAUCAAUAUUGGCUUUUAUAAAGUCAUCUGUCUCGCAGAUUUCUUUAUUUUGAAUGAAGGCAAGUGUUUUGGUUGUGGUUUCACGUGUUGCUAUUUAUGAUCCAUUUAUAGCAACGUAAGGGAUGUGAAUAUCAGUCAUAUGUUGGGAGCUCUAUAUUCAUUUUAAAGGUGCCUUGGGUGAUAUUUAUUGUAAAAAUCCACAUAGUUCAAAUGUUUUAAUAAAUUACAGGAUGCGUGUCUGGUGGAGCACAGUGAAAUA